CGGCGGCUCGCGGCGCGGCGCGGCGGCCGGAGGAGACGGGAAAGUUGCCGGGGCGAGCGCCGACAUGCCGGGCAGCGACACGGCGCUCACCGUGGACCGGACCUACUCCGACCCGGGCCGGCACCACCGCUGCAAGAGCCGGGUAGAACGUCAUGACAUGAAUACCUUAAGCUUGCCCCUGAGCAUUCGCCGAGGGGGGUCAGACACCAACCUCAACUUUGACGUACCAGAUGGCAUCCUGGACUUCCACAAGGUCAAGCUCAGUGCAGACAGCCUGAAACAAAAAAUUCUGAAGGUGACGGAGCAGAUAAAAAUUGAGCAGACGUCCCGCGACGGCAACGUCGCGGAGUAUCUGAAACUGGUCAGCAGCGCGGACAAGCAGCAGGCCGGCCGCAUCAAACAGGUCUUCGAGAAGAAGAAUCAGAAAUCCGCUCACUCCAUCGCCCAGCUCCAGAAGAAGUUAGAGCAGUAUCACAGAAAGCUCAGGGAGCUCGAGCAGAACGGAGGCUCCAGAAGCGCCAAGGACAUUUCCAAAGACAACCUCCACGCUCUGCGAGAUGCCGCCGCCAAGUCUCGAACUGCCCCCCACAGCACAGAGUGCGCGAAGUCGGGCAUGCCAGGCGUGUCCCUCACUCCGCCCGUGUUCGUCUUCAACAAGUCCAGAGAGUUCGCCAACCUGAUCCGGAAUAAGUUCGGCAGCGCCGACAACAUCGCGCACUUGAAGAACUCCUUGGAGGAGUUUCGGCCCGAGGGCAGUCCCCGGGCCUACGGGGGCAGCGCCACCAUCGUGAACAAACCCAAGUACGGCAGCGACGAUGAGUGUUCGAGCGGCACGUCGGGCUCCGCCGACAGCAACGGGAACCAGUCCUUCGGGGCCGGCGGCGCCGGCGCGCUGGACAGCCAGGGCAAGCUGACCGUGAUCCUGGAGGAGCUGAGGGAGAUCAAGGACACGCAGGCUCAGCUGGCCGAGGACAUUGAAGCGCUCAAAGUGCAGUUCAAGAGAGAGUACGGCUUUAUUUCUCAGACCCUGCAAGAGGAGAGGUACAGGUACGAGCGCCUGGAAGACCAGCUCCAUGACCUAACUGACCUGCAUCAGCACGAGACUGCCAACCUGAAGCAGGAGCUGGCCAGCAUCGAGGAGAAGGUGGCCUACCAGGCCUAUGAGCGCUCACGGGACAUCCAGGAGGCCCUGGAGUCCUGCCAGACGCGCAUCUCCAAGCUGGAGCUGCACCAGCAGGAGCAGCAGGCUCUGCAGACGGACACCGUAAACGCCAAGGUCCUCCUGGGAAAGUGCAUCAACGUGAUCCUGGCCUUCAUGACCGUCAUCCUCGUGUGCGUGUCGACCAUUGCCAAAUUUGUCUCGCCCAUGAUGAAGAGCCGCUUCCACAUCCUCGGCACCUUCUUCGCCGUGACUCUUCUCGCGAUAUUUUGUAAAAACUGGGACCAUAUCGUGUGUGCCAUAGAAAGGAUCAUAAUACCCAGAUGAAGCCACCGGUGCCCAUCUUCACGUUCACUCACGUUUCUGUGUUAAGGAAAACUCUGUGCUUAACCACCAAAUCUGAAAGCGAACCGUUGUGCUGACUAGAGCCCACCAGCUGGGGCCGCGCCUUGUAAAUAUCUCCAGGCCUCCUCACGCCGUAGCCGCCGCCGGCUCAGCCCCUGUGCUUGGUGAACGUGGGCCUGUUGCCAAGCUCGCCCCACGUCGCUCACUGCCUUAAUCAGACCAGAUUUCCUGCCCACCUCACUAGCCCAACAUGGUAAACCUCUGGUCCUUGAGCGUUUGGUGUGAUUAAUGACCCACAAGAAAUGGGGUGUUAAGUCUCUGUCUCCCUUAAGUCUCUGUCAAAAUUGAGCUUCAUAGUCGCUGGUGGUGGUGUUUUCCCCAAGUCCCAUAAGCAGCAAGGCUGUGGCAGGACUUGGGCAGGGGACAAAGCGUGGGCGUUGGCCACGGGGAACGCUUGUGGCCUACGGAAGUACAGUAGAUCCUGUGUAAUCCAUUGUGUCGGUUCCCAGAUGA